UCGGAAGUGAGUAUUUUUCGCGCUGGUCGGCAGCAGAGUUUGAGUUUCCCGCAAGCUUUUGAUUCGGUUUGAAUUAAAUCCUUCGCUUUUGCAGGAUGAAUACGGACAUAUUUCCGCUUUGACGACCGAGAGGAGACCCAACAGCUCAGUGACCCUGGAGGGGGUUAAAUGGGAUGGACAGCAAAGGUAGCUCCCUGCCUUCGAUGCCCGAACCAGCCAACCCGAUCAGCAUGAAGCAGCCACCGGAGUCCCCCAGCGUACGGAAAGGUGGGGGGGACAUGAGCAGUGACCCUGCUCUACUAAUAAUGGACAAAGCUGCUGCCCAGCUGGCCGCCACACUACAAGACGGUGUUCUGCAGAAGAUGGCUGGCCACAGUCAUAACAACCAAAGCCUCGAGAGGCUCAAAGACCUCACCUCCCUUGUGCUGAAUGGGGACCAAGACGUGCUGCCUAAGCUCUGUGCUCCAGAGCCACCCAUGUUUAAGGGCACUGAAGCCCUAGCUACGAACGGCACCCAUCAGCACAAUUGCACUCAUGCCGAACAUGAACUGAAAGCGAUGUUACCCCAGGUUGUCAAGCAGCCGUUGUUUGAGCCAUCCUGUGCCAAUGGGACCAGUUUGUCCACGGCCACCGAAGAUAAGAUGUCUGCACCAGAGAAGAGGCAGGACCCGAAGAAAAGAAGGGGGGGGCCUCACAAACCGAACCUCGGUUCGUCUGCCCUUCUUGUGGAACCACUUGACCACACCAAUGCUGUAGCUGAAACUGGAGCAGCUGAUGAGCCUGUUCUCAUCCCACAGUUUACAGAAGAUAAUACAGAAGGGUCCCCUGUGCUGAUCAGUUUUUAUGUUGGUGAUUUGGUUUGGACCAAGGUGUCAGGAUACCCUUGGUGGCCUUGCAUGGUGACCACAGACCCCGAAUUUAACAAUCACAUCAAACCGAAACAGACGACCAUCAACAGCAGGUUGGGCCCCCUUUACCAUGUGCAGUAUUUUGGAGACGCCCCAGAGAGAGGCUACAUCUUUGAGAAGAACAUGGUGUCCUUCACCGGAGAGGAUCAAUACCAAGAGCUUAGCCAGGGCAACAAACAGCUAGCCUCUCGUGUCAUCCACAAAAGGGCGGCUCCCUCUGUGCCCCGUAAACUCCAAGCUCAGUGGAACAUGGGUGUCAUUCAGGCCAAGGAGGCCUUCAGCAUGUCAAUGGAUGAGCGCAUGGUAAACUUCGCUUUUCUGUAUGAUGAUGACGGGCCUCAUCUGAACCCCUGCAUCCUGGAGAAGUUGAGUCCAAAACGGAGCACUGAGAUGGACCAGGAAACAGAGUCUAGACUCAGCCCAGAUCUUCCCUCACUGCCGGUGGACCCCGCCGACGACCCAACAGCUGCCUUUCAGUCCCAAGACAGCACUUCAACAGGGAAAAAGACACAAGCACCCAGGACAAAACUCGGCUCAGGAGAAUAUCGGCGAAAGGGCAAAGGCAAUCUAACUAAUUUGCCUUCGAAAAAGCAAGUGAAAGUCACAGUUUCUUCCAAAGAAAUGCUUCAUCCGCAGACAGCCGCACAGGAUCCCACCACUUCUGUACCAGAUCUACAAGCUGAAACAGUCAUACCUCAGAGGAAAAAGAGGACACCCAGACAGGCUCCGUCUCCCACAAAGACAGUUAGAAGAAAAUCUGCAACGGACCCCGUGAAGAAAAGAAAAUCAAAGCUGGUUUCUUCGACAGACAAUAUGACAGAACCAGUCUCACUUCCAGUUUCAGUUCCAGUCAAGAGGCAGCGGAGGAAGACGUCUAAAGGGUCGCCAACCGAUGCUACGACAGCCGAGGUUCAGCAGCCUAAAAGGAAACGGAAAACAAGCAAAGAUGCAGAAAAACAGGACUCGACUUCAGAAGGAGCAGACAAAAAGCAGAGAAGGAGGAAGAAAACUGACAAAGACUUAACAAAAACCAAGAAGAGACUGACUAAGGCUAAAGCUCUCAUCACUGAAGACGAAGACGAAGACGCAGAGAAACCAAAGCGUAGGAGGAAAAGGAAGCAGGAUGGAGAGAAAGAGACUACACCCUCCAAGGCAAAGAGAAGGCGGGUCACCCCGUGUCCUGAUCCCGAGGGUUCUGGAAGUGAAGGACGUCCUGAUUCUCCGAGUGACAGCUUAGACGGGACAAAAAAAGGCGAACGGAAGAAAGAGUUUGUCUGCCAGACGUGUGAGCAGGCUGGUGAGGACUUGGUGCCCUGUGAAGGCCAAUGCUGUGGGAUGUUUCACCUCCACUGUCUGGGUCUGUCAUUGAAACCUGACGAGAAGCUGCUGUGUCAGGAGUGCAGCACAGGAAUUCACUCGUGUUUCACCUGCAAGCAGCCGGACGGCUCUGUGCGGCGCUGCCACGUCCCACACUGUGGAAAGUUUUACCAUGAGGCGUGUAUCCGACUCAAUCCCCUCACUGUGUUCGACAACAAGGGCUUCCGCUGCCCGCUUCACGCCUGCCUGAGCUGCCACUACGGCUGCCGCACCAAGCAGAAGUCCACCAAAGGGAGGUUGAUGCGUUGCCUGCGCUGCCCCCUCGCAUAUCACGUUGGUGACCUGUGUGUGGCUGCGGGCAGCCAGAUGAUCACCAACACCGCCAUCAUCUGCACCAACCACUUCAACGCCAAGAAGGGCUACAGCCACCACAGUCACGUCAACGUCAGCUGGUGCUUUGUCUGCUCUAAAGGAGGGCAGCUGCUGUGCUGCGAGUCCUGUCCUGCUGCCUUUCACCCCGACUGCUUGAACAUCGCAAUGCCUGAUGGGAGCUGGUUCUGCAACGACUGCCGGGCUGGAAAGAAACCCAAAUACAAAGACAUCAUAUGGGUAAAGCUGGGAACAUACAGAUGGUGGCCUGCAGAGAUCCACCACCCCAGAAACAUCCCCACCAACAUCCAGCACCUUCGCCAUGAGAUCGGAGAGUUCCCGGUCUUCUUCUUUGGCUCCAAGGACUACUUCUGGACUCACCAGGGCCGAGUGUUUCCAUACAUGGAGGGAGACCGGGGCAGCAAGCACCAGAGGACCGGCAUUGGCAAAGUCUUCAAGAACGCUCUGCUGGAGGCCGAAGCUCGAUUCAAGGAGAUCAAAAUCAAACGAGAGGCCAAGGAAGCACAAGAGAACAGCCGAAAGCCUCCCCCAUACAAGUUUAUCAAGGUGAACAAACCCUUCGGUAGAGUUCAGGUCUACACCGCGGAUGUUUCCGAGAUCCCCAAGUGUAACUGUAAGCCGGCAGACGAGAGGCCGUGCGGGUUCGAGUCCGAGUGUCUGAACCGCAUGCUGCAGUACGAGUGCCACCCUCAGGUGUGUCCCAGUGGGGAGCGCUGCUGUAACCAGGACUUCACCAAGCGCCUCUACCCGGAGACCAAGAUCAUCAAGACGCCCGGCAAAGGCUGGGGCCUGAUCUCUCUCCGGGACAUCAAGAAGGGUGAGUUUGUGAACGAGUACAUCGGAGAGCUGAUCGACGAGGAGGAGUGCAGGGCGAGGAUCAAGUACGCCCACGAGAACAACAUCACUGACUUUUACAUGCUCACCAUCGACAAGGACCGGAUCAUUGACGCCGGUCCAAAGGGGAACUACUCUCGCUUCAUGAACCACAGCUGUCAGCCCAACUGUGAGACGCAGAAGUGGACGGUGAACGGCGACACGCGGGUCGGGUUGUUCGCCGUCUGUGACAUCCCAGAGGGCACGGAGCUGACUUUUAAUUACAACCUCGACUGCCUUGGGAAUGAGAAGACCGUCUGUCGCUGCGGUGCUCCCAACUGCAGCGGUUUUCUUGGUGAUCGACCCAAGAACUCGAACGGCCCGACGACCGAGCCGAAAGCCAAGCGGUUGAAGAGAAAGUAUAAAAGGAGGAAAACCGAGGGGAAGAAGAAGUCGGAUGACGACUGUUUCCGCUGCGGAGACGGAGGGCAGCUGGUGCUCUGUGGCAAAAAGACCUGCACCAAAACAUAUCACCUGUCCUGCCUGAACCUCACCAAGAGACCCUUCGGCCGCUGGGACUGCCCCUGGCACCACUGUGACGUCUGCGGGAAAAACUCUGAGGCCUUCUGCCAGCUCUGCCCCAACUCCUUCUGCAAGGCUCACCAGGAGGGGGCGCUGCGCUCCUGGCCCCCUACGGGACAGCUGUGCUGCCAGGAGCACGAGGAGCUGGAGGGACCGAACCACCAGGAUCAGGGCGUCAACGCUCAGGCGAAUGUGACCGCGAAGACUCCUCCCCCCGUCGUCGGCAGCCGUCCACUUAAAGGCUCCAGGAAGGCGGACGUAGUCGAGGUGAAAACAAAACGCUCCAAGAGGAAAGCGGCAGAGGCCUAAAAGUAACCUUUAAUCCUCGGAAAUCCAAAAGACCAAACUAGACUAUUUGACGCCUGCUUCCACGUUCAUAACCCCCCCCCCCCCCCCCCCCCCCCACCCACACGUAAUAAUGUCACGCAAGAUCAUAACAAUCUUCACCAUCAGGGAAAGCCGCUUAUCGCAUGCUUGGCAGUGGCCUCCAGCUCGCCGCUCAAACCAUCUUUUAUCUUUUAAACAUCUUCUCUUUUGUCUGUUGUCUUGUCUGCGCUGAGGCGACCCUCCUGAGGCGAAGCACAAAGCGGCAGCAGAGCGAAGGUCAGGAAACUUCGGCUUCGGCAUUUCUACUCAUUCUUCCACCGAACAAACGGCCCAUUUCAAUUUACUUUUUUUUGUUUUACGGAUUUCUAGAUUAACAAAAGUAACAAGUUGAUAUCUGUAGAAAAGAAGCUGAACCAGCUUGAAAUAAAACUGAGCAGCAGUAGCGUUACGUCGACUAACUUGAAUCUCUGUCGCCUCGUCACUCAACAAACGAUCUUUAGACAGCAGAGUUUUAUAGCUAUAUCUAUAUAUGUGUAUAUCAAAAAACAUCAUAAUAUUACUGGAAUAGUGCGAGACAUCAAACAGGUUGCCAAAUGUUUAUUUAUAUAUAUAUAUAUACACAUACAUAUAUAUACAUACAUACAUACAUACAUAU